AUGAGUAAUUCACAAAGAUGCUCAGAGGCCUGGAGCACCUCUGCUAUGAGGUCAGGCUGGGAACUGGAGCUGUUCAUCCUGCAGGAGUCUCAGGGGAGACCUCAGAGCACCUUCCAGAACCUAAAGGUCAGGGCUUGGAAUAACCCGGUCCAGUACAAGGCACCGCAGGCCGCCCCUCCCCGGCCGCGAUGGCGGCACCGCGGGCGGCCGGGCAGCAGCACAGGCCCCGCUCCGCCCCUGGGCACCGGGGUCCCACCUGGGGGGGCGGAAUGAGCGGCUCGGGCCCGCCGGGACCGCCUGCAGACGUCGCUGGCCUGCGGGGGCCGCUGCUUCUCAUCUUCCCGCUGGCGGUCCUCGAGUGAGCGCCCGGCCCUGCUUCCCGCGUGGGGCAGCGCCGACGGCGAGGCGGCGGCCCGGGGUGAGCGCCGCUCCGAGGGGCGGCAGGGGCCGGGGGCGGCCCGGGUUGUUGAAAGCACUUUUCUGGUGGAGUUGGUGUGCAGUGUCACUUAGACUACUGUGCUUUAUUCGCAGGUGUCACAUUCUAAUUGGAUUAAUGGGAAGCCAAAGAAAUUGCAAUGUUCCUCUAAGAGUGCUUUUUCUAUUUGCUAUGAUAAGAGUUUCUUGAGUUUGUUAGUACCACCCCCUAAAGGGGGCACUUGCCAUCGUUGUGGUCUGUUUGGAAAGCUCAGAUGCUCACAGUGUCUGCAAACAUACUAUUGCUCUGCAGACUGUCAGAAAAAAGACUGGCCAGCACACAGAGUAGUUUGUGAUCCCCUUAAACAGAAUUUAAGUCAUAGCAAAACCAAGACAGGAGUUUAUCUUAAGGAGGAAGUGAGGUUGAGUUUUGCUGUAGAUGUUGUACUUCCAGAUUCUGAAGACUGCCUAAAUAAAGUUCCCUUAGAAAUGAAGUCUCAUUUAACUUCAGGAAGUGAUGCCAAAGUAGACUCUCCAAGAGUAUCAGAAAACCAUUCAAAGGGAGGUGAAAAAAAAAUACCUGAAGAUGAAGACUCUUCUUACAGUGUUAAUUCAAUUACCAAGUUUGUCUCUUUAAGUAUUGGAGAAGAAUUUUCUGGUGUGGUUUCUCACAUUCAAAGUCCAGACACCUUUUUUUGUCAGCGGAUGCAAAGUGCCCGUCAACUUGCUGAGCUUGAAGCAUCCCUUAAUGAAUACUGUGGCAAAAUUCCCAGUACUGCAUCUUUCCGUCCUGCUGCUGGCAAUGUGUGCUGUGCCCAGUUCACAGAAGACAACCUUUGGUAUCGUGCUGCUGUUACAGCUUAUGCUUCUGAAGACACUGUUUUGGUGGACUAUAUGGAUUAUGGUAAUUCCGACUCUCUUCCACUGACCAGACUUCGACCUAUAAUUCCAAGCUUGAUGGACUUGCCAGCUCAAGCCAUAAGAUGUAGCCUGGCAGGUGUAAACCCACCCUUCGGAGCAUGGACCUCCGAAGGUACUUGCUACAUGAAAAGACUGGUGAAAGACAAAGUGUUGACAGUAAAAGUAGUGGAUAAAGAGAGUUCUAAAUCCGUGGUGGAGCUUACAGAUGCCUCAGGUACUGCAGUAAUAAAUGUAUCAAGCCUUCUCCUUGAGGAAGGCUUUGCAGCUGAGGAGCUGAGCAUGGCCUUACCAGCAGCCAGAGGGAGUGAUGUUGAGCAAGCCAAGGAGGACACAACGAACAAAAGAAUGUGCAAGUGGAUUAAAUUAACUCUUAACCAAACACUCAGUGUCAUAGUGUGUACAGUGUACAAUCCUGGAGAAUUCUACUGUCAGAUUUCAAACAGCCAUGAGUUACUUGCUCUAAACUCACUUAACAAAACAUUGUCUGAAUACUGUCAGAAAACACCACCAGAUGUUUUUGAGCCUGAGAAUGGAGACCCUUGCUGUGCUUUUUACUCUGAGGAUGGUAACUGGUACCGUGCUGUGGUGCAAAAUGUCACUUCAGAUGGAAGUGUUCGAGUGAGCUUUGUGGACUAUGGGAACACUGAGCACGUACCACGGGAUAACAUCCGACAGAUCUCGUCCUCUUUCCUAAAACUUCCAUUUCAAGCAAUUAAAUGCUGGCUCUCAGGUAUAAAGCCUGGAAACAGCAAGUGGAAUCCAGAAGCUACAAGAAGAUUUCAUAUGUACACUUCAGGCUUAGAGCUUCAAGCCACAGUAACUUCCCUUUCUGAGGAUGGGGCAGGUGUAGUGCUUACUGAUAAUUCCACAGAUUGUCCAACAAUUAUCAAUGAGAUACUAACUUCAGAAAAACUGGUUGUAAAGGAAGUUCUACAAGAUAAAAAUGACUUUCCAAACACAUCUGUUGACCAGAAAGCAGCCUCAGUUGGGCACUGGAAGUCAAUUGAAUUGGCUGUAGAUGAAACCAUGUCUGUCUGUGUAACUGAAGUUGUAAGCCCAGACUUGUUCUAUGCUGUACCAUUUCCAAAUAAAGGUCAAAAGAAGCUCUUUAAGGAGCUGGUUUCACUGGAAGACUAUUGUAGAUCUUGCAACAAGCAGCCCUUCCAGCCAAAACUGGGUGAAGCCUGUUGUGCUCAGUUUUCAGGUAAUGGCAAUUGGUACAGAGCUGUUGUUCUGGAAGCUUCCCAGUCUGCAGUGAAAGUUCUGUAUGGAGACUAUGGCAACACAGAAACUUUACCCCUUUCAAAGGUGCUGCCAAUCACUGAUUCCUAUUUAAAGCUGCCUUUUCAGACUAUUACAUGUUCACUUGCAGGAAUAGAGAAAGCUGAGUGGUCUCCAUUAGUGCUUGACACGUUGAAAAAACUGUUAUUGAAGCAACAUGUCACAAUUACAGUGAAAGGGAUUAAUGGAAAUGUUAAUUUAGUAACAGUGGAGAAGCACUUGGACAAUGGUUAUGUGAAUGUAGCUGACAAACUGCUAAAGGAGGGUUUGGUCACAUCCUGCAGUGCUGAAAACUCACACAGUGAACAUCAAGGUAAUGAAGGUGAGAUCAGCUGCUGCUGCAAAGAAUUAAAAGUGCAACUUGAAAAGCAUAAACAAGUCCUACUCUUCCUUUUAAACAAGUUUGGGAAUCCAGACGGAUUCAUUGAUAUGAAAAAUCUGUUGAACCACUAA